GAUUGUGGAUCCAUGGAUUAAAAAGAUUCCAUUGACUGAUGAAAUAUAUAACCUUAGAACACAAGCUGAUUUGGAAUACUCAUAACAAAACUCAUAAUCAUUCUAUCCAAUCACAUUUUGCCACGUAAGCAAGCUUUUACAACUAUAAAUACUUGCCAUAGUUGCAUUUAACUUCUCCUCACACAAGCCAUAACAACUAAGAACACACAACACAACAACAACUAAGCAAUCACUUCAAUUUUCAGUGAAAAAAUACAAUAUUUUUUUUGCGAUAUGGGAAAGACAAUAAUUCAAUUGUAUGGAUUCACUUCAAUCGAGUUACCCGAAAAAGUGAAGAGUUUUGUGGAGGAACACACCGGAGAAGGAACUGUAUGCGAUGUUGAGAUUGCCAAAUACAUGAAAAAGGCGAGAUCACACGCCAAAGUUCAAUUCAACAACUCUAAAUCAGCUCAAACCAUACUUUCCAUGGCUGAGGAUAGACAAUUGUGGUACGAAGAUUCGUACAUUCAAGCUCGAGAGCUCGUGAAGAAUACUAAACCAAAGAGCAUGGAUGAUAUCACAUUGCUCUUUGGAUGUCUGGUUUCAAAGAAUAAGUUCUCUUAUCUUUGGAACCAGAACAAUGUUAGAGUUGAAUUUGGUUUGGGAUUACGAAAACUCGAGUUUUAUUUCAAUUAUGGUUGUGUUGAGUACAAGCUUGUGCUCUCCUAUGAGAAUAUUUGGCAGAUUGAGCUGCACCGUUGUUCGGGACAGAGUACCAUGUUUCUUGUUCUUCAGUUACUUGGUGCCCCAAAGAUUUACAAGAAAGAACUAUCUGUUAAGAACAACAACUUCAACAAGGGUGUUCCCAACAGAAGCUAUUGGAUCAGAGAUGUUGAUUUCACUCCAUCAUGCUGCAUUGGCCAAUCAUCAGCUCUAUGCUUGGAGAUUCCAAGCAGGUUUCGCCUUCCCAAUUUGCGGGAAGGAUUCGUUUACUACAAAGAAAACGAAACCACAUUUUCGGUGGAGAAAGGAGAACCUUUCUCCACUUUUUCGAGUUCAGAUUACCUUGUUCCUAUUGUAAAACCACCUCGAGGAAUAAACUUGCCUUACAAGAUUUUGUUCAAGAUAAAUUCCUUGGUUCAACACGGGUGUCUUCGUGGCGAAAUACUUGAUGAAAAGUUUUAUAAGUUAGUUGAUCCAAGCAGGAAUAUUAUUCCUGCUGGAUACAUAGAGUCUGCUCUUGACAGACUCUAUCAGUUGAAAGAUUGUUGCUACGAUCCACUGAGAUGGCUCGCGAGCCAAUAUAUCAACUAUAGUAAAACAGGAAAGCUUUUUAAAAUUCCUAACAUUGCUUUAGAUGAUGGGUUGGUUUAUGUUCAUAGAAUUCAGGUAACACCCUCUAAAGUUUACUUUUGUGGCCCCGAAAUGAGUCUCUCUAAUCGCGUGUUGAGGAACUACCCGAAUGAUGUUGAGAACUUUCUUCGCGUCUCUUUCGUUGAUGAGGAUUUGGAGAAGAUGCGCUCGAAAGACUUGUCUACUCGAGCAAAGUCUGGAUAUAAAGGAAAGCACACAAGAGUUUAUGACAGAAUACUUUCUGUUUUGAGAGAUGGUAUUACUAUUGGCGAAAAAAGGUUUGAGUUUCUUGGUUUCUCGACGAGCCAAUUGGAUGAUAACUCAACGUGGAUGUUUGCUUCGAGAGAAGGGCUUGAUGCUGAAGAUAUCAGGAGAUGGAUGGGGGACUUUUCGGGCAUUAGAAAUGUGGCGAAAUAUGCUGCUAGAUUAGGCCAAUCUUUUGGCUCUUCUAGAGAAACUUAUGUAGUUGAAAAGCAUGAAGUAGAGUUGAUUCCUGAUAUUGAAGUUGAAACAGAUGGAAACAAAUACUGUUUCUCUGAUGGGAUUGGGAAAAUAUCAAAAGAAUUUGCUGAUCAAGUGGCGAAAAAAUGUGGUCUUAACAUGUUUACUCCAUCAGCAUUUCAAAUUCGCUAUGGCGGGUUUAAAGGUGUUGUUGCUGUUGAUCCCAAAUCUUCAACAAAAUUGUCAUUAAGAGAUAGUAUGUCUAAGUACAAAUCAGAGAACAAGAAGCUUGAUGUUUUGGCAUGGAGUAAGUACCAACCAUGUUACUUAAACCGCCAAGUGAUUACUCUUCUAUCAACUCUUGGAGUGAAAGAUCAUGUUUUUAAGAAGAUGCAAGAGAAGGCUAUAGAAAGACUCGACUCGAUUUUAAUUGACCCUAUAAGAGCUCAGCACGAACUACAGCUGCUUUUCCCAACAGAGAUCGGAAAUAUUUUGAAGGAAAUGCUUAUCUGUGGUUAUAAACCAAAUGAAGAGCCUUUUCUUUCUAUGAUGCUGCAAACAUUCCAUGCCUCGAAAUUGCUCGAAAUUCGCACAAAAACAAAGAUAUACAUCCCGAAUGGAAGAAAUAUGAUGGGAUGUCUUGAUGAGACUGGGACACUAGAGUAUGGUCAAGUGUUUGUGCAGUGUUCUAACCGCGAAUCCCCAGGGACUUUUCUCGUCGAGAGAGAAGUUGUUGUUGCCAAGAAUCCUUGUCUGCAUCCGGGUGAUGUUCGAGUCCUUCGAGCUGUGGAUGUGCCAGAACUACAUCACAUGGUGGAUUGUGUUGUCUUUCCACAAAAAGGAAUGAGACCACACACUGAUGAGUGUUCUGGGAGUGACUUGGAUGGAGAUCAGUACUUUGUUUGCUGGGAAUCUGAGCUUAUUCCUCCUCAGCAACAUGAAGCAAUGAAUUAUACCUCUGCACCAAUUAUACAAUUGGAUCAUGAUGUCACAGUAGAGGAAGUUCAAGAGCAUUUUGUAGAUUACAUUAUCAAUUACAACUUGGGAAUCAUUUCAAAUGCACAUACUGUUUUUGCUGAUAAAGAAUCAAGAAAGGCCAAGAGCAAAAAAUGCAUUGAGUUAGCAAAGCUAUUCUCAACCGCUGUGGACUUUCAAAAAACUGGUGUGCCAGCUAAACUUCCAGGCCAUCUGAGGGUCAAAUCAUAUCCGGACUUCAUGGAAAAACCAGACAAGAAAAUGUACAAAUCCAAACGUGUAAUUGGGAAGCUAUUUCGACAGGUGAAAGAGGCAGAAGAACACUCUAACUCGAUAAAAGCCUUCACCAGAGAAGUGGCGAGACAGUGUUAUGACCCCGACAUGGAAGUAGAUGGCUUCAAGCGUUAUGUAGACGAUGCCCUGAAUCUCAAAACUCAGUAUGACUACAAGUUGGGAAGCCUAAUGGAGUAUUAUGGCAUCAAAACUGAAGCAGAGAUACUAAGUGGGAAUGUGAUUUCGAAAUCAAGACACUUUAACAAGAAAAGGGACUUGGAAUCAGCUAACUAUGCUGUGAAAGCACUUAUAAAAGAAGCAAGGAGCUGGUUCAACAAGAAUACAGCAAGUGAUUCGGAUAAUGUUGGCGAUGACUUGUCUGCAAAAGCUUCAGCUUGGUACUUUGUCACUUACCAUCCUAGCUUAUGGGGCUCCUGCAAUGAGGAUGAUAUGACUAGAGACCAUUUCUUGAGCUUUGCUUGGUGUGUUUUUGACAAACUUGUUGUGAUCAAAAGGGAUAAAGCUAGUCUCAGAAGCACUCUGAAUUCACCAUCAUUGCUGAGCCAGUUCAUCAGUGAAUUUGAUUUGGAUGAAGAAAUUUGAGGGCUUCUUAGUGUACUAAGCUCAUAUGUGUGUCUUGAAUAAGUUAAGAACUUUUAUAAGUUGUGUGUUUAUAAUUGUAAGAAUAUGUAUAUUUGGUGUGUUAUAUAAUUAUGUAUGUAAUUACAAGUGGUGCUGAAUAUGUAAGUAAUACAACUCAAGUUUGUUG